AUGGAUUUGGAUAUAUGCGACAAGCUCAUGCCUUCAAUUGCCCUGACUAAUAACAAAACGGGAUCCGGAGUUGUUCUGCACGCUGUCCCUCCCAGCCGCGACCUUGAAGCAUUCCUCAAUGGGGAGGAUAAUCGUAGGGCUGGGCAUGUACGGGGUAUUGCUCUCAUAGCCUCUGGGCAAAGGUUUCCACAAACCGUAUUCGAAUUUGAUUCGUUUGGCGAGUUCGCAGAGCUCGUGCUUCACACCACCCUUAGCGUAAACGGGUCAUUGACGCGGGUCUUUUGUAGCUUAGUUUCUCGUACCGUAGCUGCACCUCCCAAUCCAGCAUAUGCUCAAUUGUCAGAAACUUCGAAGCAAACCGGGAUGCAUACGGAAUUCUUAUCAUGCAAGGUCAAAGAUGGGGUGGAACUCGGCGUGGAGGUUGCCUUUCUUGCGGAUGAAGAUGGUUUCUGGGUGUCACUCGAUAUGCCAAUCUGA